AUGAUGUACAACAAGAGCAGUGUACAGCUUGUCAUGGAUUAUGACAACACCACCUGGUCCGAGUACCCUCUGCGCUUCUACCCUGCACCUCUGCUGACUGGCAUCACAGUCACCUGUGUGUUCCUCUUUGUGAUUGGGAUUUUAGGAAACUUGAUGACGAUGCUGGUGGUCUCCAAGUUCCGAGACAUGAGGACAACCACCAACCUGUACCUUUCCAGCAUGGCUUUCUCAGAUCUGCUGAUCUUUCUCUGCAUGCCCCUGGAUCUCUUCCGCCUCUGGCAGUACCAGCCUUGGAAUUUUGGGAACCUCCUCUGCAAGCUCUUCCAGUUUGUCAGUGAGAGUUGUACAUACUCCACCAUCCUCAACAUCACUGCCCUGAGCGUGGAAAGGUAUUUUGCCGUCUGUUUUCCACUCUGGGCCAAGGUGGUGAUCACAAAAGGCAAAGUCAAGCUGGUUAUCCUAGUGCUCUGGGCAGUCUCUUUUGUCAGUGCUGGGCCAAUCUUUGUCUUGGUCGGGGUUGAGCAUGAGAACGGGACCAAUCCCUUGGAUACGAACGAAUGCCGAACUACAGAGUAUGCGAUUCAGUCAGGGCUUCUGACCAUUAUGGUGUGGACCUCCAGUGUCUUCUUUUUCCUACCCGUAUUUUGCUUGACUGUCCUCUACAGCCUCAUAGCGAGGAAACUCUGGAGGAGAAAGAGGAAGGAUGUUGGACCAAAGACCUCAAUCAGGGACAAGUACAACAGGCAAACAGUGAAGUUGUUAGCUGUGGUGGUCUUUGCAUUCAUCCUCUGUUGGCUGCCUUUUCACAUAGGACGGUACCUGUUUUCCAAAUCUUUUGAGGCCGGCUCCUUAGAAAUAGCUGUCAUCAGCCAAUACUGCAGCUUGGUUUCGUUCGUCCUCUUCUACCUAAGCGCUGCCAUUAACCCAAUCCUCUACAACAUCAUGUCGAAGAAAUACCGGAAAGCAGCUUACAGGCUUUUUGGAAUCAAGCUACCUAGAAAGAAAAAACUCUUGGUGAUGAAGGAAAGAAGCUCCCACACUUGGACAGAGUCCAGCAUCAGACCAACAUGA